GAGGGAGGCGGGCACGACGGCCCCGCCGGAGGCGCCCGGGCCCGGCGGGCACUCCAGGGCGGGCACGGUCGGGGCACAGUCGGCACAGCCCGGGGCGCAGCGCAGCGACGCGGAGCCGGUGGCCGGAGCGCGAUGAAGGCGGGCGGGGAAGCGCCGCACCAGGUGCUGGGCCGGCUGCGGUUCCUGCUGCAGUGCAGCGAGUGCUUCCGCCGCGCCCGGGCGCUGCCCGCCGCGCUCUGCUACGUGCCGCGGGAGGUGCAGUACAAGAUCUGCAAGGACCCCUCGGCCGCCGCGGCCGCCGCCGCCCGCAGCCUGCUCAGCGUGUGGGACAGCCCGGGGCCGGCGCGGGGCGGCAAGCGGGCGGCGCGGGCCACGAUCGAGGUGCGGAAGGGCGGCUGCCUGCGCGCCACCGGCGAGGAGUACUGCAACAGCGCCGGCCUCUGGGUCAAGCUCAGCAAGGAGCAGCUGGAGGAGUACACGGGCACCCUUGGCUUGGCGGAGGGCUGGGUCCUGGCGCAGAGGUUCGGAGAGGGAGGAGAUAAAUUAGUCCCGGUUGACUCCGUGCAGAGGAUCCAGUGUCAGCACCAAACGCUGGGGGUUGAUUACAGACCUGCUGUCAGCUGGGAACAAGUGGUGGACCUGACGUACUCCAUGCGCCUUGGAGAGAUGCCCAGGCUCAUAGAGCAGGAUGAGGCCGCUGUGCAGAAGUUUCGGUCCGUGCCCCCAGGCUGGACCUAUGAGCACGACAUGGAGCUGGGGCGCUUCCUGUACGAUCACAGCGAGAAGAAGCUGCAGUGCGUGGACUGCACCAAGGAACACAUCAACAGCAUCGAGGUGUCCUCACACAUGGAGGAUUGCGUUGCAGCCCAUCUGACAGACAACCUGACGUACACCUUCUGGGAGAGCAGCGGGCCCCCGGGGCAGCACUGGGUGCGGCUCAACAUGAAGAAAGGCGCCAUUGUCAAGAGGCUGUGGCUGAUGCUAGAUGGGCAGUCCAACUCCUACGUACCCAGGCGAGUGGCUGUGUAUGGGGGAACACCAAGCAGGCUGCAGCACCUGAGAACAGUCCUAAUUAACGAGAACAGCUACCAGAAUGUCUGCAUCCUCCGCGACAUGAAAACCCACAUGCCAGUGCUGGAGAUCCGCUUCCUGGAGUGCCGGGACCAAGGGUACAAUGUCCGUCUGCAGGGGAUUAAGAUCGUGUCCUUCUGGGAGUGGGACCUGAUCCUGAACGCCGACAUGUUCCAGCCAGCCCGGCUGGUUCGCUACCCUCUCCUGGAAGGCGUGGAUGCCGACAUGCUGUACCGGCGAGCUGUGCUCAUUCAGAGGUUUGUCCAGCUCUUGGAAAGUGUUCUGUGUUACCUGAUCCCCCUCUCCGAGGACAGCAUUGGCACCUUCAAUGCACUUAGGAGCAUGAAGCCAUUCCUGCUGCUGUCCAAGCAGAGUGAAGCCCUCAUUGCCCACUGUCUGCAGUCCUCGGAGAGCUCUGCUCCUCACACCCUGCCAAAGCUCUACAUCAACCGGCUCCUGGCCCGGGAGCACCGUGCCAACCCCACACUGGACCCCAGCUGUAGGAACGCCGUCUUCACCCAGCUGUAUGAAGGCCUCAGAUCUUCCAAGAACAAUCAGCCCCUGGACUACAGGUGGCCCCUGACCUACAGCCAGUGGUGGGAGUGCGAUUUCAUCACUGAGGGCAUCAUUGACAAUGGUGGUGGCUUUCGGGACAGUCUGUCAGAUGUGUCAGAGGAACUGUGUCCCAGCUCCAGUGAUGUCCCAGUGCCCCUGCCAUUCUUUGUGCGCACCUCCAAUCAGGCUAACAGCAGCAGUGACACCAGGGACAUGUAUGUCCCCAACCCCUCCUGCAAGGACUUUCCCAAGUAUGAAUGGAUUGGGCAGCUGAUGGGAGCAGCCCUGAGGAGCAAGGAGUUUCUGGUGAGGACAACAGAGCCUUCCUGGCCAGUAAGGGGGCUUGUCAGGGGCCACCCUGUCUUGGGCAGAGGGGGGCUGCCCAUGGGUGAAGGAGAGGCAGGAAGAGAAUGCUUGUGUCCACUCCUUUUGGCAGAUCCUGUCUUUGCCGGCGCUAGUGUGGAAGCAGCUGGCAGGGGAGGAGGUCAGCUGGAGCAAGGACUUUCCCACUGUGGAUUCAGAGCUGGUGAGCAGGGCUGGGUGCUGGCAGAGCAGUGCUGUGCUCUCUCAUGGCUGCUCUGGCUCCACUGUGGUGGGUAUUGCUCCUUUGGAUUGCAGGUGAAGCUGCUGGAGGUGCUGGAGAGGGUGGACAGGGAAGGCUUUGAGUUCAUGUUUGGCAGAGAGUUGACCUACACAACAGUGCUGAGUGACCAGCGCGUGGUGGAGCUGAUCCCCAACGGCAGCAACACCGCUGUGUGCUACGAGGACCGCAAGGAGUUCAUCCGCCUGGUGCAAAAGGCUCGGCUGGAGGAGAGCAAGGAGCAGAUUGCAGCCAUACGUGCUGGGCUGCUCCGUGUGGUGCCCCAGCCUGUGCUGGACCUGCUCACUUGGCAGCAGAUGGAGAAGAGGAUCUGCGGGGACCCGGAGAUCACAGCGGCUGAACUACAGAAAUUCAUCAAGUUUGAUGACUUCCCCUCUGAUGAUACCCGUAUCCAGUAUUUCUUGGAGGCACUCAACAACUUCACCAGUGAGGAUCUCAGCCGUUUCCUCAAGUUCGUCACCGGCCGGAGCCGCCUCCCAGUUCAGAUCAACGUCUACCCGGAAAGGUCGAACUUGGAUGCAUUGGACCUGAUGCCACAGGCCUGCACGUGCUCCUGCUCCUUCUUCUUGCCCAACUAUUCCUCAGCCAAGGUCUGUGAGGAGCUGCUGCGCUACGCUGUGUACAACUGCAUGUCCAUCGACACCGACAAGAACCCCUGGGAUGAAUGAGACCCCCAUGUGCCCCACGCCAUGGGAGCCUCGAGGACACUGGAUUCAAUAAAACUGCAGGGCCAGAUCCUGCUCUCCUGCCCCA